AUGAAGGGUAUUCUUGUAAAUACUGUUACUGAGCUGGAACCUUACGUGUUGGAAUAUACUAAUACGUCUAUCACUCCGCCAACUUAUUCGGUUGGACCACUUUUGCAUCUUGAGCACCAAGUGGACGAGACACAAGAGGAGAUAUUGAGGUGGCUGGACGAGAAACCAGCUAGAUCAGUAGUGUUUCUAUGCUUCGGGAGAAUGGGAGGCUUCGGUGAGGAACAAGUACAAGAAAUAGCAGUGGCACUUGACCGAUGUGGCCAUAGUUUUAUAUGGUCUCUACGUCGCUCUUCACCGAAUAUACUAAAUGAGCAUCCUGAAGAGUUUAAGAAUCUUGAGGAAGUUCUCCCGAGAGGGUUCUUGGAACGGACACAAGAGAGAGGUAAAGUGAUCGGAUGGGCUCCACAGGUGGCCAUUCUCGCAAGUCCAGCGAUAGGAGGUUUUUUCACUCAUUGUGGGUGGAACUCGUUGCUAGAGAGUCUUUGGUUCGGUGUUCCAACAGCUGCUUGGCCGUUGUACGCAGAGCAAAAGUUCAACGCGUUUGAGAUGGUGGAAGAGCUUGGACUGGCUGUGGAGAUUAAAAGGUACUGGAGAGGCGAUCAUUUGGGAGGAGUGGCGGCAGUGGAAUUGGUGAAGGCGGAGGAGAUUGAGAGAGCAGUGAGGUGUCUGAUGGAGCAGGAUUGUGACGUGAGGAAGAGAGUGAAGGAGAUGAGCAAGAAAUGUCAUGCAGCUUUAAUGGGUGAUGGAUCAUCGCGUAUUGCUUUGCAAAGAUUCAUCCAAGACGUUGCCAAGAAUAUGGCACUGUAA